AUGGCGAGGUUUAUGAGCACCUUCUCGAGCAAAGCUCUGUGGGAUGUUUUACUGAGAGCAUCCCUUCCUCUCCGAGCCUUAUCCAUAAGAUUGAUUCUGUGUCAAAGAUCAACGUCGCAUCCGAACUCUCAGUCUCAGAUUCAAACCAGAAGAAAAAAAAACUUUCAAAUCGAAGAAGAAGAAGAAGAUGGAGCUUUCGGGAAGCUGAUCGAUGCGAUCCUCUUCUUAUACUUCGCUCUAAUGGUGUUUAUCCCUCCGCUCUUCGACGCACAAACGGUGCUCCCCAAAGAAAUCUACCCGAAGGUUCUCACCGAUCUGAACCGCAACUACAUCGCCGACUUCGGAGACUACUUGCUCGCGGAGGAGCCGCAUUUCCUCGUCGGACUCAUCUGGCACGAGCUCAUCCUCCUCUGGCCGCUCUCGAUCGCCAACGUCUACGCGAUUCUCGCCGGAAAGUCGUGGUUCGGCACCACGUGCUUGCUCUACGGAGCUUCCGUCGUUACUUCCAUGGCUGCAGUACUGGGAGAGAUGAUAGGUUCGGAGGCUUCUGAGAAGUUGCUGAUGAUGUAUGCUUUCAUGGGUGUUGGGAUACUGGCUACUCUUCGUGGUUUAGUCUCUCGUUCAACCUCCAAGAGCGCCACCGGAUCUGUUGACAAGCCCAGGAGGAAGCUGGCCUAG